CCCUUGGCCUACGUUGAGUGGUUUACAGCCUUUCACGUGGUCGACCCCAUAACCGGCAUGAAUGUGGUGGCUCCGUCUACCCGUUCGCAUUGCCGGUAUGCCACUGUCAUACCGGUUACUGAUAUCGUACGAUCGUGUCAUCUCAUUCCAAACUGGGGGAGG